AUGAGAAGCAGAGACGAGGAAGAAGAUGAAGAUGAAGAGGAGGAAGGUGAAGAGGGGCUUGAAAUCCAGGAUCAGCUGAGAGUGAGGGAGGAAGGAAACAGGGAUGAAGAUGAAGAAAGAGACAACCAGGAAAGUUAUAAUGAUGAGACAGAGUCUGAGAGAAGAGAUGCCGAAGAAGAAGAAAAUGAGGAUGAGGAUGAUUUUGAUGAAGAGAUGGAGACGAUCAUGGUCGUCAUGGACGAGAAGGACAAACCUGAGAGGGGUGAUUCAAACUGCAGCAACACGGCCAGCGAUGAAGAGAUUUCAGAACAGAUGUUAGAGAAACAAACUGCUGCACAGCUGUUCAAACCCCCGGCCUGGACUCCCAGCAUCAUGUGCAGCCUUGGUAAAGACAUCUACCACUACGCAGGGGAGGACAUCGUCAUCUAUGAAUCCAUAGACUCCUUUGGAGCAGUCAUGUGGCCGGCAGCGCUGGCUCUGUGCUCCUUCCUGGACAACAACAGGGAGGAGGUGAACCUACAGGGGAAGGAGGUGCUGGAGCUGGGAGCAGGGACAGGACUGGUCACCAUCGUGGCCACACUGCUUGGAGCUGUGGUCACAGUCACCGACUUACCGGAUGUGUUGAGUAACCUCAGGGCAAAUGUGAUGAGGAACACCAGGGGGCGUUGCAGACACCUGCCCAAGGUGGAGGUUCUGUCCUGGAGCUACGACCUUGAGCCCACCUACCCUGCAUCCCUCCACAGGUACGACUACGUGCUGGCAGCCGAUGUGGUCUACCACCACGACUUCCUACCCGAGCUCCUGGCCACCAUGAAGCAUUUCUGUCGACCCGGGACGAAGGUGAUCUGGGCCAACAGGGUCAGGAUGGAGUCUGAUCUGACUUUCACCGAGAACUUUAAAAAGACUUUUCACACAAGUUUAGUGGCGGAGGACGGAGACAUGAAAAUCUUCAUGGGGACGUGCAGAAAGGGAGACACAGAAAAGGAGUGGUUGGAUCACUGA